AAAAAACUAAUUCAAAAAUUAAAACUCUCGAGGAUGACAUGACAAUGAUUCAUGAUGAAUUAAAAGAAUUUGAUUUUGGAAAUAUGAAAAAUAUUGACCCUACAACAUGUGACAACUUAAAAGAUGCUGAAUCUAAAAAAAAUCUUUUAAAUAAAAUGUCAAAAACCGCUUUUAUUCUAG